AUGAAGAGGGCCGCGCCGUCGGAGGAGCCGGUGGAGCUCUCUUCGGGCGACGACCUGAGCUCGGAUUCCGACGAUGAGGCCGGGAACGGGAAAGGCGAGAACUCCUUCCGGCUGCCCAUGUCCUCCAAAUCUACAGCUCCAGCAAAAGGUGCAUUGAUCAGGAGGGCUGAAAUGUAUCAAGAGUACAUGAAGCACAUCCCAAUUCCUGAUCACUGCAGCUCCUUGAUCCCAUCCACAUCAUGGCUGGGACUCGGAAGAUCGGUGAAGCAGUUGUACGAGCAGCCCUUGCAUUACCUCACCAACAUCCUCUUGAGACAGUGGGAUCAACAGAGGGUUGGGAGCGAUAAUGAGCACCAGCCUCUGGAUGCUAUCAUUCACCCUAUGAAAGCUCAGGCCCUCAUUUGGGCCACUGAAGAAGUCCAUAGGCUGACCACCUCUAGUGACCACUUAGAGAAGCUCUGGGCCAAAGACCCCAUUGCUUUGAGCCGGCACGGGUAUCGUGGCGGACCAUCUAUACUGACAGUUGCUCCUCCAAAGGUUGAACCUAACUGGACUUGGUCCACUGGGAAAGAUCGCAACGAGAAGGAAGUUCUAACCGAGUCUUUUGAAGAGCGGGAACGCACAAGGGCUGCAGUAACUGAAGGAGAGAAGCUUAUCGGUGUGAUGAACCCCCAACCAAGGCAGACCGAGAAAGAGAAGGAUGCUGCUUCAUUCUCACAGAAGGAGAAGCGGAAGAGAGACCGCGGGCAGGCCAGCAGGGGGAAGAACUACGUUGAGGAGGAGAAGCGGCUCCUGAGGGGGAGUGGUGUCUACUCUGGCUUCGAUACUUGA